AUGGCGCACACAGUGUCAGAGAUCACGGACUUGCGGAUAUAUCCCAUCAAGUCAUGUCGAGGCAUAUCACUUCGGUCAGCAAACCUUACCAGGCAGGGGCUGGAACUUGAUAGGCGCUGGAUGUUUGUUAAUGAAAAGAAGAAAUUCUUAACCAUUCGCUCGAAUCCUAAGAUGACGCUGAUCAACACCGCGGUGGAUGAUGUCGAGGGUGACCUCGUCAUCACCAUCCGAGACGACACUAGCAAACAAGUCCGAGUCCCGCUGUGGCCAUCGCAUGCUUGGUUGGAGGAGCAUGCGGAUGUGAUUGACGUCGACGUUUGGGAAUAUAUCACGGAUGCAUACGCAUACAGAGACCCAAAAAUCAAAACAAUCUUCACUGAGUUCUUUGGUGAGGAGGUCAGCUUGGUGAUGAAAGGGCCGACGCCGAGAAUCGUGGGUGGAAACGGAAAGCCUGAGAGUUUGGGCAGAACCGAGAGUGUCAAUUUUCCGGAUGUUCUGCCCAUUUUGAUCGCGUCCGAGUCUUCCCUUGCCGAACUGAACUCUCGGUUGACAGAGCAAGGUCACCAGGAAAUCACGUAUGAACGAUUUCGGCCCAAUAUCAUUAUCAAGGGAGCAGAACCUUGGUCUGAGGAUGAGUGGAAAACUGUUCGCGUUAACGGAGACUCUUCAUUGUUCACAACUCUAACGGGCGGAAACCGGGAUGCGAUGGAUCUAGAUGUGGUCGCCCGGUGUGCACGUUGCCAGGUCCCUAAUGUGAAUCCGGACACAGCAGAGAAACAUCCGAGGCAGCCUUGGGAUUUGCUCGUUAGCUAUCGAAGGAUCGAUGAAGGUAUUAAAUUUAAGCCGUGCUUUGGAAUGCUUUGCUGUCCGAGAAACGAAGGGCACGUGGAAGUCGGCAUGCGGUUUGAGGUCACCGCAAUUACCAAGGCACAUAGAUACAUGAAAGGUUUCUGA